UGUGUUUCGUUAAGGUUGACUAAGGGACUGAAUAUAAGGGUUUGACUGAAGGACUUCAUAGGCUAGGGGUUGAGUAAGGGGUUGGCUAAGGGUUUGAGAGAGGGGCUGCGUUAGCGUGAAAAGGCAUGGAACAGUGUUGAAUACGAGACUGAACGGGGGUUUCAGUUCAGGUUUAAACGUUACGUGGUGUUGAAUGACGGGGGGGGGCUGAACGGGGCUGAUCGGGCGCGCGGUCCCGCCACCUGCGCGCUCCACUCGAGCCGAUGAUUCACGCCGCUCGCUCGCGCGCUCGCCUUCGUGUUCAGCGCUCGCCACCGCGCGCCUCCGACAGCCUCCAUUUUCCCCGAAAAUCGCAACGACACGGAGCGAGACGCCAGGUGAGACGGAGGCCACCCGGGGAGGAUGCUUUGCUGCUGGGCUCGCCGCGCUAGGCGCCGUGUCGCGUCCCCGCAGUGAAAAAGAGAUUCGGCGAGGGCUUCGUUCGCACGGCGCUGCGGAUCCGGAUCCACCCGAAGAAGUGUGUGAGCGGCACCGUCCACGGAGACAUGGCGUUCCCGGCCACGAGCCGCUUCCCCGCGACACCACACGCGCCUCGCCUCCGCGAGACGGAUCGCUGAAAACGCGCAAUUGGCGAGAAGAGUCCCGACAGCAGCUGAGUCCUCUUGCGGCCAAAAACCGUAAGCGAACUCCCUGGGUCAAAGGUCCAAGGACAGGCCUGACUCGGAGCUGCACAGGACACGGGUUUGGGAAGGACUCGAACCGCUGCGGCCUCCCUGCGUUCCCGAGCUCUGUCCCCAAGUCACGUGCGCUGAAGACCACGUCCCUUCAGUUCACCGCCAUCUGAGUUCCUGAUGCUCUGCGGAUACUGAAGGAAGUCUACAAAAAGCUGAAACGAAGAAUCUCUUCGACGACUGAUAGUCAAACAUAGUCGCGCAGUAACAGCUCACGUUGGCAGUGUUAAAAAAUUGAAACGUAUACUGUAGAGUGUUAACACACACUCAUUGAGACCCAUACGCAUACAUUCAAAAACACUUGCUCUUUAACACUUGUACGUGCACUCAUACAGUUGCACUGUAACGCUGGUAGAACCGCACACAUAGACACGUACUCGCGCUCCCAUAACCGAUUUGCAUUCUGCAAACGCAAGAUGGCCCUGGAGAACUUCACUUCCAUCCCGGAAUCCAUCUCUCUCCCUGUCACUGACAAGCGGGAGGGGCCCACGGACAACGCCGCGGAACCAUCCGCACCCGCGAGCCUUUUCGAUGUCACCGAGGACCCGGGGCACAUCGUCACCACGGAAACGGCCACGCCCCCCAAGCCCACCAACAACAGCAGGUCGUUCCAGGCCAAGCUAGCGGCUCGGGAGGCCCAGGUGGAGGCCUACCAGCAGCGCAAGAAAGCCCAGGGAGGCGGGGCCGAAAAGGGCAAAUUCGGCUGGGGGCGCAGCAAGCGGAAAAGGCAGCGCUACGUGGAGAAGAAUGGCCGUUGCAACGUCCAGCACGGGAACAUGAGGGAGACGUACCGUUACUUGACGGACAUCUUCACCACACUGGUGGACCUCAAUUGGCGCUGCUCGCUCUUCGUGUUCGUCAUGGCAUACGCCGUCACGUGGCUCUUUUUCGGUGCCAUCUGGUACCUGAUCGCCUACUGCAGGGGAGACCUGGACCACCUGGAGGAUGAGACAUGGACACCUUGUGUCAACAACGUGAAUGGAUUCAUCUCGGCGUUCCUCUUCUCCAUCGAGACAGAGACCACGAUUGGAUACGGCCACCGUGUCAUUACAGACCAGUGCCCGGUGGGAACCAUGCUGCUCCUGCUGCAGGCCAUUCUGGGAUCCAUGGUCAAUGCCUUCAUGGUGGGGUGCAUGUUUGUGAAGAUCUCGCAGCCGAACAAGCGGGCCGAGACCCUGGUCUUCUCACGCAAUGCAGUCAUCUCCCUCAGGGACGAUAAGCUGUGCCUGAUGUUCCGUGUGGGCGACCUGCGCAGCUCACACAUAGUUGGGGCCAACAUGCGAGCCAAGCUCAUCAAGUCAAAGCAGACUCAGGAAGGAGAAUUCAUCCCUCUGGAUCAGACAGACAUCAGCGUGGGCUUUGAGACUGGAGAUGACCGGCUCUUCCUCGUGUCUCCCCUGGUGAUUUCGCAUGAGAUCGACUCUCACUCGCCCUUCUGGGAUAUGUCCCAGGCGCAGCUGGAGAAGGAAGACUUUGAGAUUGUCGUCAUCUUGGAGGGAAUGGUGGAAGCCACCGGUAUGACGUGUCAGGCACGAAGCUCAUACCUGGCCGAAGAAGUGCUGUGGGGCCACAGGUUCAGCCCCAUGAUGUCUCUGGCUGAAGGGUUCUUUGACGUGGACUACAGCGCUUUCCACCACACCUUUGAGGUGGACACACCUUCCUGCUCGGCUCGGGAGCUCUCGCUGGCUGCUGCGCGUCUGAAGGCCCACCUCUAUUGGUCAAUUUCCAGCCGGCUGGAUGAGGAGCUUGACCAUCUGGAGAAGCAGCCAGACAGCGGUUCAGGCGACGGGAAAGUGGGGGGUGGGCCGACAUUUGUCGUGGGUGAGACGCCGGAAACCCUGGAGCAGUCGGGGCAAGGUGAGCAGAACGGGAGCGUGACCACAGACCAGUCUGAGUCCGAAGCUUGAAGCUGAGGAAUCCAGGAGGGAGAGGGUGAAGCAGACGUGAGAAGUGACAGUAAGGAUAAGAGGUUUUGUAAGCACUCAGAAUACGAUCAAGCUCAAGAAUUUUGUCAGAUGCCCAUCGAGGUCAGAGCAUCAGAAGAAUUAGAUGUAUGUGUGGCUACCCCAGUACAGUAUGUCCAGUGUGUUACCCAGUAUGCUCUCUGUUUGCACUUCCCCUGCACCUCGUAAGGCCUUGAAAUCCUGGUAAUAGCAGGAUCGCAGAGAUCCUCGGAUGAAUGCGUGAGGGGUUAUUAAAGGCUGUCGGAAGGCUUACAGAUACAGUGUCGGCGAUCAGAUCACCUGUGGCUGGGGGAUCCGUUUUCGGAAAAGCUGAUUUUUGUGGGUUUGGGCUUCACGUCUGGAGAUGGAGAUGUUUCAGCACUACCCUGCAGACAGUAUUUUCUAGAAGAAUGUAGAGUAUCUUGAGAAUCACCACAUGUUGUAGAAAAAUGAAGUAGUCACUACAGAUAUCCUUGAGAAGAACAUUUUGUGUACAAGUGAGAUUUUGUGAAUCGCACAGUGUGUGUUUGUGUGUGUGUGUGUGUGUGUGUGUGUGUCCCCUUCGCAACACUAAAUAGCACAACUAGGGCAGGUAGUUUUUAGAGAAGUCAGUGACCCAUGAGGACCGGAGAUGGGCUGUAAAAAGUCACAAACGCCCCCGGUGUUUCCUACUUUAUUUAAGGUGUAAAGAUAAAUCCAUGUAUUUGUGGGCUUCGGAAUUAGACGUUUUGGAAGAGACCGUGUAGGAGUUUGAAAAUGAAUGUUAGCGAAGCAAACGUUGCAUUUUUUUUUUUAAAAGCUCUGAGACGGCUGUGGCAUAAUCACACUUUAGAGAAGAGUUAGGCAGCGUUAGGAAGCCAGAAUGCAGAAACGCGCUUCACACACGUCUUUGGAUGAAAGCACAAAUAUUCCCAGUCAAGCUCGGUGUUCCGCUUUUGCCGCUGUGUGUGUGUGUGCGCGUGCGUGUGAGAAGCGUUAACUGGCGUUUUAAUACAACUUAAACACGUUAGAGAUAAACCACUGUAUAGUUUACAUGGAUUUUAGAUGUUUUGCACGUUGCUGCAAAACGGUGGUAUAUAUUUUCUGACACUGUCUGCUUUUGUCUGUUUGUGUACCUGUUUAUAUGAUUUUUUUUGAUGUAAUAAAUACAUGUUGUGUUACGGUCACACAUUCAUUAACACUCUUUCCUUCUGUUAAAGCUGAAUCAUAUUUCCUACCACAUUUUCCGCCAAACCCACUGGACCUACUGGCAGGCCGUCUUUACCAUCGCAUCGCGUGCCAAACCCAGUAGGAUUGUGGGUAAUUCAUGUUUGCCACCACAGUUUUAGCAAGAAACCUCUGGGAUUAUGGGCAAAUGUUCAGCAGUUAAGUUCUCACUGACAUUUUAUUUACUCCACUUGUUUUUCUCUAGACUUUCUAUGCUUCGCUCGCUUUCUGCUUUCUUACUCGCCUCCCUCUUCGUACCCGUGUCCUUGCACUGCUGACGAGCCCUGAAACGUCCGGGGGCCCGAAUGCUGACGUGUCAGCGUUCGUGAUAGACAACAAUGGGGAAUAGAGGGGCAACGGGUAAAGGUGUAGUCAAAGAACUCGGGUUCAGAUCUUACCUCCUGCUGUAUUAUUCUUGAUCAAGAUGCUUACUUUGAAUUGAUACAGUAAAGAUUAUCCUGCUGUAUAUACGGGUAAAUCGUAAACUGUUUUUUUAAAAAAAAAUCAUGAGCUAAAUUGUGCACCUGCGUACAGAGACGUGGGUCAGAACCUGGUGGGAUUGUGGGACUCCUGGUAUUUUGCAGGAAUUUUGUGCGCGCGUGUAUUAAAGGGUCGUCACAUCCACGGUUAUGAAUGUAAAAUAUGGUGCUAAAGUGCUUCUCCAAGGAUCAAGGAUUUUCAUCAUCGUUCCCAGCCGCAAACGCCAGCGGCGACUAUUCUCUCGACUCCCUCAGCUGAGGGCCUUUAGCUGCUUCUUGACGCUGUGAAGACGAGCUGCCGAAACGAGCGCUGUGGCGACUUCCUCCGUGUGCGACGAGGCUUCCCUUCCUAGCACCUAUUGCGCGUUUGUUUGGCUCCUUAAAUCCUUCUGCGAGAAAGUGCUGCGGCGCUGAUGAGUUUAGCAAGGAGUCUUUGAAUAAAUAGUCUGUUUUUGGGGAAACCUCAAAAAUGGUUGGAAACGAUUUCCCACCUUUGGAUUUGUCACGGCGUUAAAAGUGAUUAUGACUUGAAAUGGGUUUUUGUAGCACGAUAGACGCGUUCGGAUUUGAAAUGGGAAUGCUGCAUUUUUUUUUGCCCCCAAAUGCCGACUGAACGUGACGUCGGCGCUUAAGUCUCGUUUGUAAGAAAUGACAAAGAGAAGUGUCACGGAAGUGGGGCCAGAUGUGUGGACGCUAUUAAAAGAAGCGAUGAA